ACGGUGCUAAAUGGUAUGUCCCUAGAUCCCACCACCCCUGUAGGUCCUAAGUGGUAGGUUCCUGUACCAGGAUCGUCAAGAUGGCUGCAUCACCAGAAGGUAGCGGUCCAACCACUCCCACUUCAAAACCGCUAGAAAUUAGAACCAAGUCGGUGGAACAAACGCUAGUACCCCUGGUCACCCAGAUCACCACACUAGUCAACCAUCAGGAGAAGAGAAUCAGGAGGACAGAGAAGGCAUGUCGAGCGGUGCAGCGGGUCGGGGAGGCCGUCAGUUUCGCUGUGGAUCGCUUUGUGACGGUUGGCCAGGCCAUCGGCGACCAGAACAAGGAAAUUAAACAGGAAAUGUACGACGCCUGUCUGGAAGCCAGAACAGCAGGUGACAGCAUUGCUACUAUCACAAAUGUCCAGUACAUCCAUGGAGACGAGGAGCUCCUGUUUAACGAUAAGAGUCAGAUGGUGCGUGCAGCCAGGGCUCUGCUGUCAUCGGUUACUAAAGUACUCAUGGUGGCAGACAAGGUCAUGGUCAAACAGCUCUUAUGUGCCAAAGACAAGGUGCUGACCAGUUUAGUCCAUCUGGAGGGGGUGUCCAACUUCUCCGAGUUUGUCCAGUUGUUCAGUCAGUUUGGGACCGAGAUGGUGGAGCUGGCUCAUUUGUCCGGAGACAGACAAGCAGACUUGAAGGAUGAACGUGCUCGAGCGAAGAUGGGCGCAGCGCGUGCAGUACUGGAGAGGUCUACCAUGAUGCUGCUUACCUCCUCUAAGACAUGCCUGCGUCACCCAGACUGUGGCCCUGCAGUCCAGAACAGAAACAGUGUGUUCCAACAGAUGAGGGAAGCUCUGUCUGCCAUGGAGGGAGUUGUUACUGAGGGGAGCUGGCUGCAGGAGGAAGACAGGCUCAUGUCACCUGUCUGUCUACAUAAUGUUGUCAAACAGUUUGAAGAUGCUGUUGAGAGAACAAGAGUGACCCUCAUGCAGCCUACAGACAAGGAGAAGCUGCAGGAAAGUUUGAAUGUCAUCAUUGAUCAGGCUAACGACUUCACAGACUCCGCCUACACGUCACACGAGCACCGAGAAAAGAUCCUCAAUCUGUGUGAGAGUUCUCGCAUGGAGCUACAAGGCUUACUGCAGGUCGACACGAAUAAUGUGUUCUACCACAGACGUCGCCUCUACAUGCACCCAGCCUUUCUCCCCCCUGGUUUGUGGCAUAGGAAGGACCAGGGUGGGAAGUUGGAUACUACAGAGGAACUGGAGACAGCCAUCAUUAAAACAUGCAAGUCUAUGAAGGAGCUGAAGAAACAGCUCCAGAACACUGCACUCGACCAAGCAUCCGAGAUCUUCAAAACUAAUGAAGACCAUGAUAUCUUAUCUACACUGAAAGUGUCUGGAACCCAGGGAGAUGCUGAAAGGGUGGAGGAGUACUGUGGAAAAUUUACAGAACAUUCAGAACAGCUGAUUGAGGCCUGCAGGCUGCUGAGGCAUAUCGCUGGGAACGACCCACUCUACAUUACAGCCUGCCAUGCAGAGAGCUGCAUCAGAAACCUCAGUCCACAGUUGGCAACUGCAACACAGACACUUGUGGCAAACCCAGCCUCCAAAAUAGCAAGGGAAAAUCUGGAUGUUUUCUGCGAUGCCUGGGAGUCCCAAAUCAACGAGAUGUCUGUGCUUGUCAAGGAAAUCAACGACUUCUGCUCAGGCAGGAAGGGUGAAAAGACAGUUUACUUGUCUCUUCCCAGGCCAGGGCUGUAUGUGCAGUAUUAUCCGAAACAUGGAACCACCCUGAAGACAAUCAAACCCGUAAAGCUGGAUGCUGAGGAACAAGCCAAGAUAGCCAAGCUGGGUCUGGAGAUGAAACUGAUGACAUCGGAGUUGGAUGCAGAGACAGAGAAAUGGGAGGAUCCUGACAAUGACAUUGUGAAGAAGGCACAGAAUAUGUCCAGUAUGUCUUACUCCAUGUACCUUUUCACAAGGGGAGAAGGCCCACUUAAGACAACCCAAGAUUUGUUUAGCCAGGCAGAGCACUUUGCUGAAGAGGGAAAUAAGCUGUUCAAAACUGUCCGAGAUUUCUCAGCUGAUAUCCCAGAUGGAGUCCAUAAGGCAGAACUGCUAGCUCACCUGGAUAAAAUCCCAACAUUCUGUCAGCAGCUCAACUUUACUUGUAAAAGCCCCACAGUUGGCAAACAAGCCACAUUCACCAAGGUUGACAGUGCCAUCCAAGAGACUAAGAACCUGAUGAACACUGUUGCCAAAGUGGUGACCACUUGCUUUACUGCAGCCACUAAGUAUAACCUGGAUACGGGCUCAUCUCCGGUUAACAGAUGGAGGAGUGGACCCCCUCCACUAAUGGACAUCAGGACUAGUCAGAACGGUGAGGAGGGAACUCCGCAGCACACUCAGGAGACAAGAAUGAACAGCCUUCUGAGGAGCAAGGCUGUGCAGCAGCCAAUACAAACAAUCAAUGCUUUUGAGAGGAUCUGAGCCACAGACGAAUAAAAUAGGAGCAGCCAGCCAACAUGCCACAACUUUCAGCAUUCAGGAGCCUAUUUAACUAGAUCAGUCAUGUUUUGAUAAACAGAUAAGUGCUAGAACUGACUACUAUUUUGUAGAGGGAUUGCCAAUUGCAACUGUCUUGGGUUCAUUUGCCAUAUCUGCAUGUUGAUGACCCUAUGACGCUACAUUAGAAUUGGCCCAUGACCAUUGUCUCUAAAUACAACUAUUUGAAAAAUAAAAUGUUUCAUCGAUUAAAUGCUCACUGAAAAUUGUACACAUUUUAUCGUCAAUCAAACAAUUGUAACAUACACAAGAAAUUACAAUAUAAUAUAUAUAUGCUCUCAAUGAGUUCCUGAUAUUUGUUGAGUUUGGGGCAAUCCUCUUGGCAACAACUCUUCAUUUUUUAUGUCAGUCUGUCUUCUGAAUAGUAUGACAUGAUCACAUGUUAUGAAGGCUGUUGUCUCAGCAGUGCCGGAAUAUUACAUUCAUGUCAUAUACACUUUUAGCCAAGUUGCAAUGUGCAUAUGCUGGCAUAGCAACUAAAAUGGAGCUAAGUACUGCUGACGUGAGUGAUACUUAAGCUAAAAGACUGUUGUUGUGUUUUAAACAUGAACGUAGAACCUAAAGUACCAAUGAUUAAGUAUUUACUUCCACUAUAGAUACUUAAAAACUUUGUUGAUGAAAUGAAAAGCUCCAUUUCUAUAAGUAGAUGUUUGAGACAGCAUCCACUGCCUUUCUUCUGAACUCAUAAGAUCUGUCCUGGCAAACUCUCUGGUACACAUGGUGUCUAACCCUCCCAGCUAUACAAGACAACAUUUUGUACUUUAAAAACAACAAAAUUAAGAGUCUAUGAUUGUUUGGUAAUACCAUACUUUUGUGUAGUCAUUUGUUAAUUUUUUUUUUAUUAUUUGAAUUUUAUAGUGAAGGCAAGUUUGAACUUUUUUUUGCCCAACUUUCAUUUGUUUUCCAUGCUAGCAUCAGUUUUGGGAUUCCUAGAGGAUGUUAUCCAUGGAAUCAAAUUUACAAUUGCCAGUAGUUUUGUUUUGUAUGAUACAUGAAAAAGCAUAUUUUCUACAUCUGCAUUGUUGGGAGUUUAAAAGAAUCUUGGUUGGAUGCUUCUCAAAACUGAUGAAUUGAAUAACUGCUAAUACUGCCUUUGUAAAGUCUAUCAAAUCAUAUUUUCAUACAAAUUGCCUUGAACAAUAUUUUACUCCACGUAUACCUCACUUUAUUAUAUCUAUUUAUUUAUACUAACUGCAAUGUAUGCUAUGCCUUUAUUUCUUGUUAUGAAUGUUACACCAGUAUAAAUGUCCCUGCUGAAGUUAACUUCUGUCCAGUGCAUAUUUACACUAAGCACACCACAUGUAUAGCUGAUAUGAGGUGUGAUCAAUAAGUUCUGAGCCUGACACCAAAAAGACAAUGUGCACAACUCAAAUUUUGCAACAUCAGUAUAAUUGUCAUAUUUUCUCAAAUAAAAUACACAUCUUUCAAACUUUUGAAAAUGCAACAAUUGCUGAAAGUAUUUGACAAAGUGCAUGUACUACUUUAUUUGAGGUUAUUGCACACUAUAUGAAUAGGAAAAUUACCUUAAAGAGAGCUUGAAUACUUCUAGGAAGGUUGCAAAACUAUACAGUAUUUUUCUGUGCAUUUCUUCUCUUCAAUGCCAGCAGUGGACAUUAGCAUGAUUUUAUACAAAUUCAAGCAAGGGCAUUGUAUAGAAGUUCUUGAUUUAUGCAAAUCACCCAGGGAAAAUGGAAGAAAACAACAAGUAUUUGGAUCUAUCUGCUUCAAGAUGUGUUACAUAUUGGUCCAGGAGAAGGGUAACUUACAUACAAUCAUGACAGUUAUGUACUUUAUUUGACUUUUUCAUUUUAACUUUCCAUCCCACUGGUCAACUUGCCCCUAAUAAGUGUGUCUUAUAAUUGAUGUGUGUACUCAAACCAAGAAAAUAUGGAUAGUAAUUCUUUGAUCAUUAUCUACCAACUGGAAUCUCGAGCCAUUAAUAUAGUGGUCUAUCACCCAUCGUACAUUGUAUAUGGUCAUCUGGGAAUUCACUAUUUGUCAACCAUUCUUUUAAUUCACCAAGCCUCAAACAGUAUGGAGCUUUCAUUAACAUUGAAACAUCAUACUGUACAUGUACACAUAUACAUGUACACUUGUAGCGUGCACAAUUAGGGUCCCACUAAAGAGCAAAAUACAAUGAAUGCAUGUUGUUACCCUAUAUUACUGUCAUGGGCUACUCUCCAAGCAAAGGUUAGGCUCCGAUUGCUUUUUAACGUUGUUUUUUUAGUCGUUUUGAUCGGGCUUUCUAUUUUGUCAUUAUUCUUGAAGUACGCCAGCCAGUUAGGUUUUGACACAGCAAGAUAAAAUACAAGAUAGAAAGCCCGAUAAAAACGACUAACAAAGAACGUUAAAAAAACAGCCGGAGCCUAACCUCUGCUUGGAGUGUAGUCACGGGCCCUUCCUAAAGGGGUACAUGUAAGUCAGGCUGGGUAUUAACGAAACUACACAGACUUCUCACAUCAUGAUUUGUUAACCAUUAAAACAUAAAAUUAAUCCAAGCUAAAGUGCCCAUUACAUAUAUUUUUGCAUGUAUUUCAUUGUAUUUAGGUAAUUGUAUUAAUUUUUCUAGUAUUAGGUUAUAAAGAAAAUAUAUUGUACUUGUUGAAUUGACCAACUUCAUGCACAAAAUGAUGCCAAUUAUAUGCAAGGCUUUUGUCCACAAACAUUUUUAUUGUGCCUUAUCGCUACGUCCUGUACUUUUAAUAGCUUGUUUGAGCAUAAAUGAAAAAUGGCAAUUAUGAAGGUCUUAUCUGUCAAUUACAAAGAACUGUAAAAUCUGAAAUAAGAAUCUUUAAAAGGCAGUGUAACAUCAAAGAUAUUUUCUGUAUGAUGAUAUUAUUCAAAUGUUUGCCCCCAACUAAGCACCAUAAUGAUUUGUACUUCAGACUCAGACUUAUUCUUCAGACUCCACGUUUUUGUUACAAGGUAAUCCUCUUAUGACUCACUGAUACAGUGGCAUGUGACCAGUUCAGAAAACGUUUUGAAAUGGAGUGAAAGCAAAUAUCGAAAUAUCAUGCAUUGCACAAUGUAGUCACCAGGAUAAAGCCUCCUCAAAAGUAUUUCUUUGCAAGCCUUGGCCCAAGUCUGCAAUGAAUGAAAAAUGAAUGUAAUACCCACUAAAUAUUAUGACAUUGACCAUCAUAGUUGAAUUACCAUGUGGCGAAAACCUUGAGUCUUAAGAAUAAGGUAUUUAGUCGGUGUUCAUGCGUAUGUUGAAUAAUAAUUUGAUGCGUUAUUCAGAAAUACUGUAUUUAGUCCCUUUAGUUAUAUUUUUUUUUUUUACUCUUUGCCAUUUGAAUUCAUGUUGUAAUUGUCAUUCAUGCCUUUAAUUUUUCUUAGAUCUUUGCUUUGUUAUGUUGGUUCACAUUUUGCACAUAAUAAAUGCAAAACUUUGCUGUUGAACAUU